CUCCUGUUGACCACAGGAUCAAGAAUCUGCAACCAGCAGCAGAGAUGGAGUCUUUUCGCGCCUUGGAAGAAAAGUUCCUUACCCCGAUCAAAGACGACGUUUUCUCGUGCCUCAAUUACGUUUUGGAGAAACAAAAUAAAGCGAGAGAGAAUCAUCAUCUUCAAGAAGAUUCUUCUGCAAUAAAUCACCAGCCUUUGUUGGGAAAGAAGCGGGGAAAGGCGAAGAAAAAAGAAAAGCAAAGGAACAACGCGAUGACAAGUUCCGCUGGUGUGGCGGUAGAAGUGGAAGAUGGACACAAUUCAACACAAGAAACCCACCUCUGGUUCCGGACGCACUGUCGAGCGGAGACCUUGCAGAAGCGAGUCUAUGCGUUGGUGCAACAAUUUCGACAGAGGUAUCUGCUGCACUUCCCAGAAACGUCUGACUUAGGGAAUUCCGAACGGUAUCCGAAAAUCGCGGAAGUGCUGGAGCUGCCAAUCGAGGAGGAAGGUAGUGGCAUCGUUGGAGAUGUUAUUUCUGAUACAGCGUUUGUAUUUGAAGUAGCGCAAGAGAAAUCGCGGCAAGUCAACAGCUUUUUGCACCCUUUAGCGGAGCUUUUCACCGCGAAGGAAGCGUUUUUACAGGAAGGCAGAUUGGAAUCAUUUUUAGACAAGAGACAGUACCCCUAUGCAGCACAACCUCUGCUAGAAUCGGUGAAACAGUCGUACUCAGCACAAGAUGAAUUAUGGGCAGACGCUGAGCAAGAAGAAAAGAGUAGCAACGACCGGAAGAGUUCUUUGCUAAGCUCUUUCGACCUUGCCA